GCUGGAAACAAGCAACUGCUGUCAGAGCUUCUAAAAGUGUGUAGAGGGCGGGUGUGUGUGGUCAAGCAAGCCUGAAUCAUGCAGUGUUUGCACAAGUUUCAGAAACUAUUAGAUUCAUUCAAGAAGUAAGCAUAUGAAAAUAGUCAGCAUAAGGAUUCUCUCUAUUUUCCUUGGCUGUGGAUUACAGUAGUUAAGGACUUUUGAACAGAAGCUUACCAGUGGAUGAGGCCUCACCUGUUUGGAUUUGAGUUGGAUGACUACAGUGGACAGUAGAAGAAGUGGACUGUGAGGAGUGGAAGAGAUCAUGGUCACUCGGCUGUGAGAGACAGAGUAAGAGGAGCUCUUUAUAUUGUGUUCGACAGAAGGAGGAUAGGACUACAGUGAGGACAGGUCGGGCUACUAGUUAAAAUGUCCAUCCAGGAGUGCCCAGAGAGUCCAAUGCUUGAGGAUGAGGAGAGUGAGGAAGGCAGAGGGGUGGAGAGAGAGUCGGACAGAGACAGUGCAGUAGACAGCGCUCUGUCAUCAGAAAUAUCGGAUGGAGUAAGAACUGGAGAAAAAGAGGAAGGGAUUGGGCUUUGUCUCCCAGGAGAAAAGUGUGGUCAGAUGUAUAAUCGCUCAGAGACUUCUGAUCAUUCUAGACGUUCAUCUGCCUCAGUAAAUGAGGAGCAAUUUGAGGACUAUGGAGAAGGAGAGGAUGGAGAUUACAAUCCCAGCAGCCCCUGUCCAGAUGAUGAGAUCCGCAUUAAUGGAUGUUCAGAUCUGGGCUCUUCUGUUUCCUCCAGUGCUGGUCAGACUCCUCGGAAGAUGCGCCAUGCUGGUGACCAGAUGGAUGUGUUUUGCUCUCAGUGUUGUAAGAGGGUCAGUCUGCUCAAAGACCUGGAGAACAGGCUGAAAAACCUCAAAACCAACAGCCCAAACAGAAAGAUCUCCAGCACUGCAUUUGGAAGGCAGCUGCUCCACAACAGUAACCUCAGCAGUAGUAACGGCAGCACAGAGGAUUUGUUCCAUGACAGCAUUGACUCCUGUGAAAUAGACAUUACUGAGAAGGUGAGUUACUUGGACAAGAAAGUGACAGAGCUGGAAAAUGAGAUUCUGAUGAACGGGGAUGUGAAGUCGAAGCUGAAACAGGAAAACAUACAGUUGGUUCACAGGAUUCACGAGUUGGAGGAGCAGCUAAAAGACCAGGAGACCAGAGCGGAGAACAUGAUGGAAGAGGAGCUCAGGAGACACAGAGAUGCCUACAGCCGACUGGAGAAAGACAAAAACACACAGAUAGAGCUGCUCACAAAUAGAGUACACCAGCUAGAGGAGGAAAAUGGAGAGAUGGCAAUAAGCAUGAUCAGACUGAAAGCCCAGACAGAGAAACUGGAUGACGAGAGACAGCGUAUGACAGAUAAACUAGAGGAUACAAGCUUGCGGUUGAAGGAUGAGAUGGAUCUGUACAAGAAGAUGAUGGACAAGCUACGACAGAACAGAAAUGAGUUUCAGAGGGAAAGAGAUACUAUGCAGGAGCUAAUUGAGGACCUUCGGCGAGAACUGGAGCACCUCCAAAUAUACAAGCUGGAGGCAGAAAGAAUGGGGCGUGGCCGCAGAUCUUCCAUUAGCCUAUCAGAAUACAGCACUCGAACACGUGAGAGUGAGUUGGAACAAGAGGUCAAGAGACUAAAACAGGAGAACCAGAAACUGAGGGAACAGAAUGAAGAUCUAAAUGGUCAGCUUCUCAGUCUGAGCCUCCAUGAGGCCAAAAACCUGUUUGCCACACAGACAAAAGCGCAGUCUCUGGCCAUGGAGAUUGAUCAUGCCUCCCGUGACCAGUUGAUGGAAGCCCUCAAGGAACAAGAGGAGAUAAACUUCCGACUCAGGCAAUACAUGGACAAGAUAAUUUUAUCUAUUCUGGACCACAACCCGUCUAUUCUGGAAAUCAAAAACUAAAAGUCUGUCAUAAGCUGUUUAGAAUCUUAACAGUGGAUCUAGAGCUCCCCCUGAGGUAGCACUGAACAUCAAAUGACUUGUGCCUCUUAAUGCACAAUAACUACAAUGUGCUGGUGUUUUGUGCACCUUUCACUUGCUACAAAAAUGUAAAAUAUACUGGUGAAAUAUUUCAUGCACUUUUAUAGGGCAUUUGUGCUGCUCUGUACAACACAAGGGAGUUUUUCACUGGAAUGUCAUUAUGGUUACUGAAUUGCACCAACUAAUAUGUGAAUAUAUCACACUGGAUGCUCACAGAGUGUAUUUGUGUUAUAUGGAUGGUGUAUGUUUGCUGAGUUUGCACUGGGGAUGUGAUGAGAAAUGAUAAAAAAGAGAGAAAUAUUUACCUAUUUGAUGGCCAUCGAAGCCUGUCCCAUUCAAAGUUGCUGAGUAUGAGGAAAGAGACUUUUGUGGGUAUACUUGUAAUGAUUUUGGUGAGCGAGUUUUUGACUGUCUUCCUAUUAUAAAUUGCAAGUGAGGGAACAAUGUAAGGAGAGACAAAUUAGAAGAAUAGAGGAGAGGUAAUUGAAACUCAAACUGGAACUUGAUAACACUGCCUGUUGUAAAAGAAAUCCAUUUUAGAGCAGGGCAAUGACUUUAGUCUGUGUUUGCAAUGUAACGGUGAGAUGUUUAUUCUGACAUGCACUAUGUGUGCUUCAAAAGGAAGUGAAAAUUCAAGAGGUUGAAUGUAAAAUGGCAUUGUGAAUGUACCAAACAAGUAGUAUUUCGGGUUAUGGGCUUUAGCAUAAUAGUUUAAGACCUGUCUUUUUGUCAGCUGAAUUAUGUUCUUAAUAGCCUUAAAGGGACUUGCACUUGUUCUUCCAAACUAAAAUAAUAUUGUUGUUCAUUUCAAAUGCACGAUUCUCACAAUUUUCUAUAAUGUGAUUUAAAUACAAAUAAACUUACAUCAGAUAAUGCAGGUCUAAAACACAAAACACUAUGACAUUUGUGUUCCUAUCACAGGAAGGUUUCAUAUUUUGAAUGUCAGACAUUUUUAAAAUGGUCAUUUAAAAAAAAAAGAGUAUUCUAAAAGUGUCCCCCACAGUUACACAUAUCUCUUAUUCAGUCAAUAGAUUGUAUGUGAUGACAACAUAAAGCAUCUGAUUUAUUCUGCUGAUCUAGGCAUACAUUCAGUAUAUGUGAUUCUGUAAAUUUCAUAUUCUCUCACAUAAAUGCCUCCUAUUUCCUUGUAGUAUUUGUGCUUUUCACUCAUUAGUUAACUCAAGUAAACCUGUUUUUCACAAAUUAAAUAAUUGCUGAGCUAUAUUACACUUUAUACAUGUGUGUGGGAUUUUUAAAAACUUGUAAAUGAUGUAAAGAAAUGACCUUUUUACUUGUGCCACUCAUUGCUUUUUCAUUGUUUCUCGGUUUAUUUUGUGAAUCUCUAUCUGAUUAUAUAGUACCGAUUAUUUCUUAUUCUCUUUAUAUUUAUGAAGGAGGCACUGAGAAGGCGGCAGUAUUAGUUUUGCUUGUUUACGAGAGAGCAGACUAACUCAGUGGCUCAUGAUGUCACAACAUGCUGAAUGGUCACACACUUUAAUCCAAAAAAGGGUAUCUGUACACUUGCACAAAAUGUAUACCAAUUGCAUUUCAUUUUCUGCAUAAGAUUAUUCUGAAAUGCCUUAGCAAUA